CCCGCUCCCCGCCCUCCUCCGGCUUGUUGGUUCGCUCCUCCCCGGGCUGUUGAUGCGGAACUGGAGCCAGGCGGCUUUUAGGCUGGGGCUGAGCUGAGCUGCGCGGUGCGUGAGGAGGAGGAGGCGGCCUCGUCUGACAGGUUGAUGUCACAGUUUCCAUGAGCAUUCUGUUUUCUGAGGCAGCUAUAAGAAACCAGCUGGUCCAAUGAGGGAAGAAUUUACUGAGAUGACAUAGUGAAGGAGGAAAGACAAUGGUGCAGAAGAAGAGGAGCUGUCCUCGCUUACUUGAUUACCUUGUGAUUAUUGGGGCCAGGCAACCAAGCAGUGAUAGUGUGGCACAGACACCUGAACUACUGCGCCGCUACCCAUUAGAAGAUCACACUGAUUUUCCACUUCCUCCUGAUGUAGUGUUCUUCUGCCAGCCAGAGGGAUGUUUAAGUGUGCGACAGAAACGGAUGAGCCUGCGAGAUGAUACUUCUUUUGUCUUUACACUCACUGAUAAAGAUUCUGGUAUCACUCGCUAUGGGAUAUGCGUCAACUUCUACCGUUCUUUCCAAAAGCGUGUGCCCAAGGAGAAGGGAGAAGGCAGUGGCAGACAUCGUUCCCAAGAUGGGCAGAAAGCACCCAAGUCUGGGGAUACAUCCACUACCCAAGAAGAGAGGGGUAAUGAGAGUUCAGAGAGCGGUGGUUCUCUGCAACCACCAAGCACAGAGUCUGCGCCAGAUGUUACUCGAUCACCUCGUAGUAAACGUUCUGCAAAAGCCACCCACCGUUCUCGUAACAGCACCCUGACCUCACUUUGCAUCAUUAGUCACUAUCCCUUUUUCUCUACUUUUCGUGAAUGUCUGUAUACCCUGAAGAAAUUGGUGGACUGCUGCAGCGAGAGACUCUUGGGCAAGAAGCUUGGGAUCCCUCGAGGCGUGCAGAGGGACACAAUAUGGCGGAUUUUCACAGGUUCACUUCUAGUGGAGGAGAAAUCGAGUGCAUUGCUACAUGAUUUGCGUGAAAUUGAGGCGUGGAUUUACCGGCUGCUUCGCUCACCUGUGCCUGUUGCUGGCCAGAAGCGCGUGGAUGUGGAAGUCUUACCCCAUGAAUUGCAGCCAGCCUUGACGUUUGCCCUUCCUGACCCAUCCCGCUUCUCUCUGGUGGAUUUCCCCCUGCAUCUGCCCUUGGAGCUCUUAGGUGUGGAUGCAUGUUUGCAGGUGCUAUCCUGCAUUCUUCUGGAACAUAAGGUGGUGUUGCAGUCCCGGGACUAUAAUGCUCUCUCUAUGUCUGUCAUGGCAUUUGUGGCUAUGAUCUACCCACUGGAGUACAUGUUCCCAGUGAUUCCACUCCUUCCUACCUGUAUGGCUUCUGCAGAGCAGCUGCUUCUGGCCCCAACACCCUAUAUCAUUGGAGUCCCAGCCAGCUUCUUUCUUUACAAACUAGACUUUAAAAUGCCAGAUGAUGUAUGGCUAGUUGAUCUGGAUACUAAUAAGGUGAUUGUUCCUACAAAUGCUGAGUCAUUACCUGUUUUGCCGGAACCAGAAUCUUUAGAAUUGAAAAAGCACUUAAAGCAGUGUCUGGUUAGCAUGACUGCAAUCACUCAGAAACAGCUGCUCACGCCUGACAAAAAGGCUUUGGCUAGCAUGAGCUUGAAUACCCAGCCUAUUCUUAACCUAGAGAAGUUUCAUGAAAGCCAGGAGAUCCCACUGCUUACGGGGAAACCUCAGAAUGACAUGCAGUCCACACCUUCUACAGAGUUCAACCCCCUGAUCUAUGGCAAUGAUGUAGACUCUGUGGAUGUGGCUACUCGGGUUGCCAUGGUGAGAUUCUUCAAUUCACCAAAUGUUUUACAAGGAUUCCAGAUGCAUACUCGCACACUUCGCCUCUUCCCCCGGCCAGUGGUUGCAUUUCAGGCCAAUUCGUUCUUAGCCUCAAGACCAAAACAGACACCUUUUGCAGAUAAAUUGUCGAAGACACAGGCAGUGGAAUACUUUGGGGAAUGGUCACUCAACCCAACUAAUUAUGCUUUCCAAAGAAUCCACAACAACAUGUUUGACCCAGCUCUGAUUGGUGAUAAGCCAAAGUGGUAUGCUCAUCAGUUGCAGCCAAUUCAUUACCGUGUCUAUGACAGCAAUUCUCAACUAGCUGAAGCACUGAGUGUCCCAAUAGAGAGAGAAACAGAUUCUGAACCUACUGAUGAUAGUGGCAGUGACAGUGUGGAUUAUGAUGACUCCAGCUCUUCGUAUUCAUCCCUUGGUGAUUUUGUUAGUGAAAUGAUGAAGUGUGACAUCAACGGUGACACUCCAAAUGUGGAUCCUCUAACCCAUGCAGCUCUGGGUGAUGCAAGUGAAGUGGAAUUUGAUGACUUCCAGGAGUACUCGGGUGAUAUGGAUGAACAAGCCCCUGAUAGUGAAAACUCCCAAGACAACAAUCAGCCUCGGUCAAGUUCAAGCACUACAGCCAGCAGCAGCCCCAGCACUGUCAUCCAUGGAGUGAAUCAUGAGUCUGCUGAUUCAGCAGAGAUGGAGGAGAAGAUGGUAGCUGGAUUUUCAAAUCACCUUCCCAGUCUGCCUUUACAACCAAGCUUUCCCAAAAUGAGUGUUGAACGUCGUGAUAGUGAGAAUCCAGCAAACAGUUUGAGUUCCGUGGAUGGAAUGGUGAAGAAAAGAGAGUAUGAUAACCCAUACUUUGAACCACAGUAUGGGUUCCCAGCAGAGGAAGAAGAGGAUGAACAGGAAGAAAGCUAUACACCAAAGUUCAAUCAGAACCUCAAUGGCAAUCGGCCUCUGCAGCCUCUGCGCCCCAACAGCUUAAAGCUAGGCAACGAGUCUGAUGCGGAAUCGGAUUCCCAUGCCAGUUCCCCAAAUUCUACAAUAUCCAACAACAGCAGUGAAGGUUUUGGGGGCAUUAUGUCCUUUGCCAGUAGCCUAUACAAGAACCACAGCACAAGCUUUAGUCUGUCCAAUUUAGCCCUUCCAACCAAAGCUGGGAGAGACAAAAACACUCCAUUUCCUAGCCUGAAAGUAUUUGGGCUAAAUACUAUAAUGGAGAUUAUUACUGAAGCUGGGCCAGUAAGCAAUGAAGGAAAUAGACGAGCACUUGUGGAUCAAAAGUCUUCUGUUAUAAAGCACAGCCCGACAGUGAAAAGGGAGACUCCUUCACCACAGGGGCGAAGCAGUAAUUCCAGUGAGAACCAGCAGUUCUUGAAAGAGGUGGUGCACAAUGUCCUAGAUGGACAAGGAGUUGGUUGGUUUCACAUGAAGAGAGUCCGCCGUCUCCUGGAGAGUGAGCAGCUCCGUGUCUUUGUAUUAAGCAAGCUUAAUCGCACCAUCCAAUCGGAGGAAGAUGCACGGCAGGAUGUUGUCCAGGAUGUGGAGAUCAGUCGCAAGGUUUAUAAAGGGAUGUUGGAUUUGCUGAAAUGUACUGUGUCAAGCCUUGAGCAGUCAUAUGCAAAUGCUGGACUUGGGGGAAUGGCAAGUGUCUUUGGUCUGCUGGAAAUAGCUCAUACUCACUACUAUAACAAAGAGCCAGAAAAAAGAAAACGAAGCCCAACAGAUGGAGCAAUCACUCCGGUUGGCAAGGACCCUAUGUUAGCCACGAGGGUUGAACCGAAACCCAAGGUGCAACUGCCAGUACCCCAGCUCAUGCCAAGGGCCCCAAGCCCUGCAGGGAAAGGGCCGAGGGAGUUUGACACAAGGAGUCUAAAGGAGGAAAAUUUUGUAGCUUCUAUUGAAUUGUGGAACAAGCACAACGAAGUGUCAAAGCAAAAAGCUUUGGAAAAACUGAGGUCAGAAGGUAAAAAACACUCUCAUGAUCUGGGGGAGACAGAUGAGAAGAAAUCCCAGAUCAGUGCAGAUAGUGGGUUGAGCUUAACUUCCAGCUCUCAUAAGAGUGAUUUGGAUUCUGUGGCAAGUGUGGGACCUGCUGUUAUGAUCCGAAGCACCAGCCAAGACUCUGAAGUUAGCACAGUGGUGAGCAACAGCUCUGGGGAGACAUUAGGAGCAGAUAGUGAUUUGAGCAGCAAUGCUGGUGAUGGCCUUGGUGGAGAAAGCGGUGGAAAUCUGACAGGAUCACGAGGCACCGUGUCAGACAGUGAGAUUGAGACAAAUUCAGCAACUAGCACCAUCUUUGGUAAAUCUCAUAGCUUGAAGCAGACCAUGAAAGACAAUAAAUGCAGCAGUCCUGGGAGAGCACCAGAAGAUGCAAGCCUACGAGUUUAUCUUUAUGAGGGUCUUCUGGGGAGGGAUAAAGGAUCUGUCUGGGACCAAUUAGAGGAUGCUGCCAUGGAAACCUUCUCUAUGAGCAAAGAGCGAUCAACCCUGUGGGACCACAUGCAGUUCUGGGAAGAUGCUUACCUGGAUGCUGUGAUGUUGGAAAGAGAAGGAAUGGGAAUGGAUCAGGGGCCUCAAGAGAUGAUUGACAGGUAUUUGUCUCUAGGAGAACAUGACCGGAAGCGUUUAGAAGAUGACGAAGACCGCUUAUUGGCUACGCUGCUUCACAAUAUGAUAGCCUACAUGCUUAUGUUGAAGGUGUCCAAGAAUGAUAUUAGGAAGAAAGUGCGCCGUUUGAUGGGAAAAUCUCACAUUGGCCUAGUGCAUAGUCAAGAAAUAAAUGAAAUACUCGACAAAGUUGCCAAUAUAAAUGGCAGGGAGCUCCAAAUCCGACCCAGUGGCAGCAGACAUAUCAAGAAGCAAACAUUUGUUGUACAUGCUGGCACAGACACAACAGGGGAUAUCUUCUUCAUGGAGGUAUGCGAUGAUUGCAUUGUGCUGAGGAGUAACAUUGGCACGGUGUAUGAACGCUGGUGGUAUGAGAAGCUCAUCAACAUGACAUACUGUCCCAAAACAAAAGUGCUUUGUCUCUGGAGGAGGAAUGGCCAGGAGACACAAUUGAAUAAGUUCUACACCAAAAAGUGCCGGGAAUUAUAUUAUUGUGUAAAAGACAGUAUGGAGCGAGCAGCGGCAAGACAACAAAGCACAAAACCUGGCCCUGAACUGGGUGGGGAAUUCCCAGUGCAGGAUAUGAAAACUGGUGAAGGGGGGCUUCUGCAAGUCACACUGGAAGGGAUUAACCUGAAAUUCAUGCACAGUCAGGUUUUCAUAGAGCUGAAUCACAUUAAAAAGUGCAAUACAGUGCGAGGAGUCUUUGUCCUGGAAGAAUUUGUUCCUGAAACUAAAGAAGUGGUGAGCCACAAGUACAAGACACCAAUGGCUCAUGAGAUCUGCUACUCCGUAUUGUGUCUCUUCUCUUAUGUGGCUGCAGUUCGUGGGAAAGAAGCAGAAAGCAAAAGCAAGCCACCUCGCCCAGUCUCCAGCUGAUCAACACCACCACUGGAAAUUCAUUGGCCUGUAAUACUCCCUUUUCUAUGGCUGUUAUUGGAGCUCACAUAACCGUCUCUUAUGAAAACUUGUUUGUUUAUCUAUGGCCCUGCAAGUCCCCUUUACAAAAAUCAGACUUAACUAUUCAUUUGUGUGCUGAAGCUGUUCUUCUCCAGCACUUAUUGGCAUCCUUUCUAGAACUGAGUGUGGUCUGCUCUGGCCAUGCUCUUGGAAUUAGCUGUCCCAGACGAUUUGCUCACAUGAGGUUCAGCUCUCUUUAUUUUACAGUGAUACCAUUGUUUGACUUUUUAUUUAUUUAUAGAAUCAAGCCUCUGUUUUCAUAUUUUCUGUUAUGUAUGCGAUGAAAGCAACUCAGUGUUGCCUGCUGCUGCUGCUGCUGCUGCUGCUAAUGUGCUUUACUGUACAUUAUUUUGUUCCUUGCUCUCCAGACUUAACUUUGUCAGCUUUGGAAUUCCUUUCACACGGCCCUUUUUUGUCUGCAAGCUGCUCCAACCCAUUCCACAGAAAGGCAUGGUUGUUUGAGAGUGGAAGCAAAACUACACACGUCUGGUCAUUGUGUCUUCAGAGGAAUGGGUGGAAAUCAAGUCACAGGAAGGAUGAUGCAGACCAGUGUGCAUGUACUGUACAUAUUCCUUUAAACAGGAGACUAACAUUUUGCUGACAUUCCAGUUCAGUUCCGUAGUACAUGCUCAUAGUGAUAGACUUCUACAUGGUAAACGUCUAGAAUUAAGUGAAGAAAGGCAACUCUCUACCACCACCAUCACCACCAAAACCAACACAGUGCUAUUGGUUAAAUCAUUACAUACUCACAUAAAGCUUCAGUAUUUAGAGCACCCUAUAAUUCUGUUGUAUAUUGUUGGAAACACAUCAGAUCAUAAAAUGGUUGUGAGGAUGCAAAUGUUUGUCCAUAGCACUGUAUAUCCUCAUUCCAAGUCUCCUUUUAGCCAUUGCUUCUGUCAAAUUGUACAUGUAUAUUAAAGAAUUUUGCAAACACCGUGCUACUGUGCAAUGAAGCCUCCCUCCCAGGUAAAGUAUCAUUUGAUUUUUUUUAUUUCUAAGUAAGCUGGAAAAUGAAUAUUUAAUAUGCCUUUUAUUUUUUCAUGGAUUGUACUGGACUCUAAUGCAAACACACACCAGGGUACUUGAAGGAGAGCAUUUGCAGUAUAUAACAAACUGUAGAACAUCUGACUGACUUCUCUGACUCAUAUUGGAGUACCAUAUGAGUUCACAGGGUUUAUUGGCAAUCUGCCUCCAGAAAUCAUUGGGAUUGUUCCAUUCAGCUUGGUCUGUGUGGCUGUUGAAUGGACUGUGUAUUAUGAAUGAGUUGCCAGGGAGGGAGGGAAGAUGUACAUAUUUCAGCCCCACAUCUAUUUAUAGAAAAGUGUACAGUUGUGUGAAUGUGAAAAUAAACUACCAUUAAACCAC